AUGGGGGAAUACAGUCCUCUUCCGAAUGCCGAGGCCCCACCUCCAGAGGGUAACGGAUCGUAUCCUCCGUUCGAGAAUGAAUUGGAUGAUUCUCGUUCAAAUCUGAAGGAAGAUGAGCAAAGAAGGCACGACGAUGAACGUGACGGCGUACGGCAUUAUGAUGAGAACGAGGAGGAACGUUACGAACGCGACCGCAGGAGAGAUCGACGUCGGUCUCGCAGUAGUAGUCGAGGGCGUCGUCGUCGUUCACGUAGUCGCUCGCGUGACCGUCAUCGGCGUCGUCAUCGCUCCAGGGAUCGUUCAGGAUCAUCUAGUCGUCGCAUUGUUUAUAAGUAUUGGGACGUUCCUCCUCCUGGCUUUGAGCACAUGACACCCCAACAAUACAAGGCACUUCAAGCUUCGGGACAGAUUCCUGUUAACGUAUAUGCGGCUGGUCAAGUGCCCAUGCCUGCGUCAACGCCGAAUGCUCCUCUCACCCUCAACACCAACAUACCAUUUGCUGGGAGCGCCGUAUGUCGUCAAGCUCGUCGCUUAUAUGUGGGUAACAUUCCCUUCACCGCAACAGAAGAGAACAUGAUGGACUUCUUCAACAAACAGAUGAAGGCCCAAAAUCUUGUUCAGGCGGAGGGGAACCCGAUAAUUGCUGUUCAGAUAAAUAUGGAGAAAAAUUUUGCAUUCCUGGAAUUCAGGUCAGUGGAUGAAACUACUCAGGGUCUGGCUUUGGACGGGAUUCUUUUUCAUAACCAAGCCCUGAAGCUUCGAAGACCUCGUGAUUAUGCUCCACUACCCGGUGUCAGCGAAACCCCUUCCAUAAUCGUUCCGGGGGUGGUUAGCACAGUUGUGCAAGACUCACCACACAAAAUAUUCGUUGGAGGUUUGCCUAAUUACCUGAACGAGGAUCAGGUUAAAGAGCUGCUAUUGAGUUUUGGUCCGCUGAAAGGUUUCAACUUAGUUAAGGAUGGUUCUACUGGUCUCUCUAAGGGCUACGCCUUUUGCGAGUAUGUGGACCCGAACGUAACAGAUCACGCGUGUGCUGGUCUGAACGGAAUGCAGCUCGGUGAUAAAAAGCUUAUCGUUCAGCGCGCCAGCGUCGGAGCAAAGAACGCCGGUGGUGCUAUGCCUCCCCCUCUCAUCCAGGUGCCCGGUCUUAACGACGCCUUGGUACAGAAUACCACCGGGUCUGGUAACAUAAUUUUCCGUUCCGGUGGUCCCCCAACUGAGGUUCUAUGUUUGCUAAAUAUGGUCGAUCCAGAGGACCUGACUAACGACGAGGAAUAUGAAGACAUUGUUGAGGAUGUGAGAGCGGAGUGUAGCAAGUACGGCAUUGUCAGCAGCGUGGAGAUACCGCGGCCCAUCCCGGGCGUAGAGGUCCCCGGAGUAGGCAAGAUCUUCGUCCAGUUUGCCAGCUUGGUUGACUGUCAAAAGGCGGCCACUGCCCUGACGGGAAGGAAAUUCGACAAUCGCUUGGUGGUAACCUCGUUCUAUGACCCAAACAAGUACCACAGGCGCGAAUUUUAA